AUGACUGACAAUAUAUUAACUGGAAGUGAGCGACUUCAAGAUCUACUAGGACGCGACUCGGUCACAGAAAUUGAAAUAAGAGGAACUGAUGAGAAACUUGAAGGUACGGAUUUAUCUAAACGUGAAGCAGAAGGACCUGAUGAAGAGAUGAAGGGACUUUUCCUAGGCUUUUUUUACAAUAUGAUUGAAUUAUCUCGAGGCCGAUAUCCGUAUCUUUCUGACUUGGCACUCGCACGAAAAGAAGCAACUUUUCAGGAAAGAGAAUACAUCAUAUCCACUACCUUUUUGAUGAGUGCCGCUGCAAGACAGACACGCUGGCUUGUAUAUACUUUAAAUAUGAAUCUAAGGGAUAAUUGGAGCAUACAAUUAAGAAAUGCAAAUAUAUCAAAGAUGUUCAAAACGUGA